AAAAUACAAAGAAGAUAUUGUGCACUGGUUAAUUUCUUGUCGCUACUACCUCAGCUAAUAUGCCUCAACAUUUCACCAUCAAAUGAACUUUACAGUAAAGAAACUGUUCUUUAACUGUACUAUGCUACCGGAACAUAUCAUUCUUUCGGAUAUUUGCAUGUCGAAUCAAACGUGACAUAAAAGUUUUAUAAUUCAUUCCAACAUUUGAAACUAUUCAACAUCUUACAAACAUGUUUGCAUCUUUCAACCUUUCAAUUGCUAGCUAUUUUGCAUGACGAAAUGCUUCAAGAAUCCUGAAUAUUUAGAUGUAAGUACUACUGUACAAUCCCACUGACGUUUAGUGAACAGUUACGAUAUUUCUAGCUACACUCUUAUAAUAAAUAUGCUUUGCACCGUAGGUAGUUUUUCUCAACUCAUUUAACCGAGUAGUAUUACUGACAGCUACAGAUUUAUAUGCAAGUGGACAUUAGAACAUUCAAAUUUUGUCUGAUGCAUUCAGAGAUGAUUCUGUGAUUAGAUACAGGACAGAUGGCUGCAGAAUGAAACCUAUAGCAAGGUUCUUCUUUGUGAUAGCUAUGUUUCUGAAGAUUGGGAGGUGCUGGUCCGACCAAGAGGAGCUUUGUUUCUCUGUAAAGGAGGACGGUAUAAUUGGAAAUGUUAGUGCGGACUCUGAUUUGCAGCUUUCCCUCCACCAUAGCUUUCUGCAGAUCGAAAAAGGUAUUAUACCUGGAUUACAAUACAAUGUUUCCCUGCGGAGUAUAGACUGGGAAAGCAUCAUCUAUUUUACCUUGACAGCAGAGCCUGCAGUAGAGUUUGAACAAUUGCCUCCUGGAGUGAAAGUUUGUGACACGCCUGCGAAGACCUUGGUGGGAAGUCUUGCACAAAACACGAGAUUUGUGUUUACGUCUCCACAGGUCCUUAAUAACUCUUUGCUGUUCUUUCUGGCUACCAGAACGGCGGAAAACAAGCAUUGGUCCACCUCUCUUCAUGGGUUUCCCAUUCGAUCUGAUUGUUUCUUCAUUCAGCCGAGGGAAGAAUAUACAUUUUCUUCUGAAGACCUAUCGAUUGAAACAGCAAAAUCUAUCUUAAUAAAAUCGCCGCAGUCAUCAGGACUUCAGAUAACUUUGGAGGAUGUGAUAAUUCCAGACGAUGCAUCGAUGCUCAUUCAUAACGUUUCCGAGUCUUCUGUGGCUUACAUUUUAUCCCCGACUGACGAAGAUCAGAAGAAAUUUUUAGUUUUAGAAGACAACUUUCUAUUUAUUGAUGUCACACGGUGCUUCAACUGCAGAUUCAAAGCCUUAAUCAAGCCUGUAGCUACGAAAUAUGAAUGUAACUCAACUCUCAGGAUAGCACAGGGAUCACUGGAGCUCGUAAAACAGCUUUCUACAGGAAGCUGCCUUCUACACCUGGAGGCACCUCCUUUCUAUAGAGUGCUUUUUAAAGUUGUGGACCUGUACCCUUUUCGUGCAUUACCAACCGCAAGUGAGAACUGCAGCCUUCGAAAGAUAAUUUUCGGACCUCUUUCAGGAGUGCCUACUCAAAAUUCUUGGACAUCUUGCAACGUAACUCAGGCACAAACAGAAUUCUACAUAUCAGAAAAUAACAUUUUAACUGUACAAUGGGACAAUACUGUAGAAGGUGUUCUACUCAUAUACGAAUACAUUCAUCAGUGUCCCAAAAGGACAUUAGAAGAAGGUUCGAGUGGCCACUUCUGCAGUCCUGGAUAUCCGGAUUUUUAUUUUGGAUGUAACAGUUCUUAUUCCAUUUAUGUGCCUUUUGGAUAUUCUAUCGAACUGAAAUUGAGUGUCCUAGGCGCGAUGGCAGGUGCCUUUUGUCAGAAUAAUACUCUCGAAGUGACAACGCCUAACACAAGUCAAAGUGAGAAAUUACUUUUAGGAUUGUGCCUAGACAAAGAUGGUCAGAAGGAUUUAUUUACUCUACGUACUUCCAACAACCGAAUUAACAUCCGAACACGUACAACAGAAGACUUGCCACAUAAAGGUUUCUGUGCCACAUACAGAGCUAUUCUAAGUGAUCCAUCAAUUGCCGUUGAUUGUCCUUACGGCUGGGUCUCCGGACGUAAGUUUUGUUACAAGGUCUACGAACAACCGCUUUCUUGGAGCGAGGCUGAAAGAGCUUGCAACAUCAGAGGUGGGCAUCUGGCAAGCAUCACGGACAACAGAAUAGCUCUGCUUAUAGAUGAUGUGAUCAAAAGCAGUCUUGUUUAUGAAAAGAGCAACGCAUUUUGGAUUGGAGCCAAUGAUAUGAGGUACGAGAACUGCUAUGAGUGGACUGACGGUCAAGCCUUUGACUUCUACU